AUGAGCUUUCUCGCAGUCUCAAGGAGAGGUCUACCGUCGAUAUUCUACAAAAGAGCAGCCGUAUACAACAUAUCAAGUACAACAACACCAAAUAUACGUGUAAUAAGUAACCAGUUUGUCCGCAGUGCAAUGUCGAAAUCAGGGAAGGAUGGAACGUUCAGGGCGGAGUUCCCCAAGCAGGAACAGAGUCUGCCAGGCCUUGAACGAGACAUGAAGCCGUCGUCCGAAGUCACCAAGCUCGAAGGCCCGACGGCUUCAUCGAGUACCGCGGCUCCGAGAAGCUGCUCGACCGCAAAGUCAUCAUUACCGGCGGUGACUCCGGCAUCGGGCGUGCAGUAG